ACAUGGCUCACUGUAGCAGCCCGGUGUUGGAGGUCGGGCAUGCUCCUGAAACGUACACUGCGAACCGAUCCACCGAAAUGAGCGCGAUUAAGAUGAAAAUACACACAAGCAAGACACAGAAACGUUUUUAAAUCGUAUUUUUGCCCAGCUGCUAACCUGCGACUUGACGCAAACCGUGGAGGAGCCGCAGAAGAGCUUUGGGAAGUGUCCGUCCGUUUUGUCCUACAAAGGCGGCGGGUGUUUGACAGCGGGAGGGCCCGACGUUAGGAAACCGCUGCGGCUGGAGGAGGAGGAGGCAGGAGAAGAAGGAAGAAGGCUCCCUGAAGACUCAAUGAAACAUUAAGGAGUCAUUUUUGCUGAGGGAAGCGAGCUGAAUCAUGAGGAAGGACGUGAGGAUACUCCUCGUUGGAGAGCCCAAGGUGGGGAAGACGUCACUGAUCAUGUCUCUGGUUAGUGAGGAGUUUCCUGAUGAGGUUCCUCUCAGAGCUGAAGAGAUCACUAUCCCAGCUGAUGUGACCCCAGAGAGGGUUCCCACACACAUCGUGGAUUACUCUGAAGCAGAGCAAACUGAUGAGCAGCUCUAUCAAGAAAUAUCCAAGGCAAACGUGAUCUGCAUAGUUUAUUCAGUUAACAACAAGAAGUCCAUCGAAAAGGUGACAAGCCACUGGAUUCCUCUUGUAAACGACCGCACAGAUAAAGACAGCAGGGUACCACUGAUUCUCGUGGGGAACAAGUCGGACCUGGUGGAGCACAGCAGCAUGGAGACCAUCCUGCCCAUCAUGAAUCAGUACCAGGAUAUUGAGACCUGUGUAGAGUGUUCUGCCAAGAACCUGAAGAACAUCUCUGAGCUUUUCUACUACGCCCAGAAGGCUGUUCUCCACCCGACUGGACCUCUAUACUGCCCAGAAGAGAAGGAGUUGAAACCUUCCUGCAUUAAGGCUUUAACUCGGAUAUUUAAAAUCUCCGACCUGGACAACGAUGGGGUCCUGAACGACAACGAACUCAACUUCUUCCAGAAAACCUGUUUCAAUACGCCUUUGGCACCUCAAGCCUUAGAAGAUGUGAAGAACGUGGUGAGGAGGAACAUGACCGACGGAGUCAGAGAUAACGGACUCACCCUCAAAGGCUUCCUCUUCCUGCACACUCUGUUCAUCCAGCGAGGUCGACACGAAACCACAUGGACGGUGCUGAGGAGGUUCGGAUACGACGACGACCUAGAGCUCACGCAGGAAUAUCUGUUCCCUCUGAUAAAAGUCCCUCCAGACUGCACCACCGAGCUAAACCACAACGCUUACCUCUUUCUGCAGAGUGUCUUUGACAAACACGACAAAGACAGAGACUGUGCGCUUUCCCCAGAGGAAGUGAAGGACCUGUUCAACGUAUUUCCCUACAUGCCCUGGGGUCCAGAUGUCAACAACACGGUGUGCACCAACGAUGAGGGAUGGAUCACAUACCAGGGAUACCUCUCCCAGUGGACGUUAACAACAUAUCUGGACGUCCAGAGGAGUUUGGAGUAUUUAGGUUACCUCGGCUACUCCAUCAUCUAUGAACAGGAGUCCCAAGCUGCUGCUAUUACUGUGACGCGUAACAAGCGCAUAGAUCUGCAGAAGAAACAAACUCAGCGAAGCGUCUUCCGGUGUAACGUGUUGGGGGCGCGCGGCAGCGGGAAAAGUGGCUUCCUGCAAGCUUUCCUCGGCAGAAACCUGCAGAGACAGAUGCGGAUCAGAGAAGACCACAAGUCCUACUAUGCCAUCAGUACGACCUAUGUUUACGGUCAGGAGAAGUACCUGCUGCUCCACGAGGUGAUGUCAGAUUUCGACAUCCUGUCCGAGCCCGACCUGUCCUGCGACGUGGUCUGCCUUGUGUACGACGUCAAUGAGCCUCGUUCCUUCGAGUACUGUGCUAAAGUCUACAAGGAAUGCUUCCUAGACAGCAAGACGCCCUGCGUCGUGGUCGCUGCCAAGUCCGACCUGCACGAGGUUCGGCAGCAGUACAGCCAGUCGCCGCUCGACUUCUGCCGCAAGCACAAGCUCCACCCACCGCAGCCGUUCACGUGCAACACGACCGAAGCGCCCAGUAAGGACCUCUACACCAGACUCACCACCAUGGCCAUGUACCCCCACGCCCGCCUCCGCUGCAUGUGUUCCUGCAACAGGUGCACUUAUUGCCUGUGUCAAAACCUCCUCAAGUUGGAGCUGCUGCGCAGCAUUAAGGCGCAACUCUCCAGGGUCGUUUACAACAGGCACAUGGCCCAGGCGGACCUGAAGAACUCCACCUUCUGGCUGAGGGCCAGCCUCGGUGCCACCGUGUUCGCAGUGUUGGGCUUCGCCAUGUACAAAGUGGUUCUAAAACACCGGUGAUGGCGCGGCACGAGACGGCGGCUACUUUCCACUUUUUGGUCCUUUUCUAACUGAGAGACUAAAAUAAAAGAAAAAAAGACUGAACAAACCAAACAGGCUCAUUGCCUCGAACCCACCUCUCCCCUUUUCUGUCCAAGCAGCACGAGCAAGAAACAAACUUUUAUACGAUUGAGGUUCAUCUGUAUGUAGUUGGCAAAGAGACACUAUUUCUAAAUGCAUUGGUUCUGUGGUCUUUUGGCCUAACAUGUUAGUAAAAACUGAUUUAUGUCAGAUAAUCUGGUCCUGUUUUAAUCCUCAGGCUUUCAUCUAGUUUGACAUGUGAGGCAGCCAAAAUGAAACACUGCAAAGGGACUUGAAUCUGUUUGUAUUAAAGUAUAUGCAGUAUGUUAUGUAUUUAUGUAAGACUGUAGGCACUGUAGAGGAGCACCAUAAGCCAAACGCAGCAUCAGCAGGAGCAAAGCAGCAUUUAACACCAACAUCAUGCACUUGUUUCAUUUGUGUGUUAAUUUAUUAACCCAUUGUUUGGAGUGCACCACAUGAAACAGAUUGCUCAUGUAUUUUUGUAUUUAGUAUUAUUGCUCAACGUUUCUGACUGCUUUUAUUUUUCUGGUUUUCAAAUAAAGCUUUGACCUUCCUUUUCUUUCUAUUUCUGCACCACAAGCAAACGACUCUACGAAGACCUCACCUUCCUAAAACUAGAAACGUGUUCGCCGCCCACUGCAUCUUCUUCUGCAGCAUUUACAAUAAAGACUUCGAUAUUCUGUA